CCUGUUCUGCGAGCUGCCGAGUAAUAUAUUUCUUUCGACUAUAGUACUACCGCGCCUUCGGGCGCUCGCGGAUAAGUAUGGGUUCAUGAUCGGGUGCGACGACACGAUUAACGGGUUCAUUAAUCUGGAUCUCAUACCCUACGUCGACGUGAUGCUGACCAGUCUCACCAAAAUGUUCAGCGGCGCAUCCGAUGUCACCGGAGGCAGUGUCAUCGUCAGCCCGGCCUCGCACUACUGCGACGCCCUGCAGUCGGCACUGCAAGCGCGCUACGAGCGGCCCAUAGCCUUUCCGCUGGAUGUACAGACGCUGGAACACAAUAGCCAGCACGUGCGAUGGCGUGCGCAAAGGUGCAACGCAAACGCGCUGACGGUUGCCCAUAUGCUUUACGGCCACCCUCUGAUCAAAAGGCUCAACUACCCACGAUAUGACGAGUCGCUGCCCGUCUAUCGUAGCCUCAUGCGAGGACGAAAGCAGGGACUAAGGCAGAGCGGAGAUCCCGUUGAGGCAGGCUACGGUCCCCUCAUAAGCGCCGUCUUCUACGAUGCCGCCGUCGCCCAGCGCUUCUAUGACUUGCUCAACUUGCCUAAAGGCUCGAGUUUCGGUACCAAUUUCACUAUUGCUGUGCCCUUCAUCUUGCUAGUGCACUACUAUAAUCGGCACCAAGUGGCUGUGCAUAGUCUGCCCGAACACAUCAUCCGCAUCAGCGUCGGCCUGGAAGAUGUAGAAGACAUCAAGACUGCUAUCUAGGAAGCGCUGGAAGGGUGUGUAAAAGAAGAUGCGCGGGCUAUGAGCUAGGAGAGUGUCAACUAAGGGGCGAUUAUGCU